GUUUUUAGGUCUGCGGCUGUGUCGCCUCGGACCAGACAAAUAACGCCGCGAGAAGCUCGAAGCUACUGCUGUUGUCGCUGUCGCCAUGAAGCCGUUGUUCGGGAAGAUCGUGUCCAACAAGAUGCAGAAGUCGGUGCUGGUGGAGGUGGCCCGCAUCGUGAAGGACCCCAAGUACGGCAAGUACUACAAGAAGACCAAGAAGUUCAUGGCCCACGACGAGGAGAACGCCUGCAACAUCGGCGACUUCGUGCGUCUGUCAGGCACUCGCCCACUGUCCAAGCGCAAGCGCUGGAACGUCGAGGAGAUCACGCGCAAGGCCGAGGUGUAAGGUGGUUCUCAGUUUACAUGCUGCGGUGGCUGAAAAUAAUCCCUAGUCUGGCAGUGUUGGCUGGACGACGGAGACCUCGGAAAGCAAAGUAGCAAGCGUAUUAGCAGAGCAGGAAACACUGUGGAAAGUAAGUUAGAGUUGAUUUCCUG